AUGGGUGCAGCAUACAAAAAGCAAAAGCUUAAUGGAGGUGGAUUGAAAAAAAAGGAGACUGUGAAGGCAAAGAUAGAAAAGAAGGUGGAGUCUGAAUCUGAAUCUGAAUCUGACAGGGAACUUGAAGUGAGCGAUGAGCUGCGUAGAGAAGAAGAUGAUGAAGAGGAAGACGAAUCUUCUUUAGAAAAUCUUGAUGACAUAGAUUCCUCCGAUGAGGAUGUUGAAGUUGAUGAAGAUGAUGAAGUGGACGUAGCUGAUGUAUCUUCGUCAGAUGACGAAUCCAAUGAUGAGAAGAAUUCAGACUCGGACUCGGAUUCAGACUCAGACUCAGAGAUUCCUAAACUCAAGAAGAAGAAAAAUUUGGAUGACGGAUCAGAAUCUUUCGCCAAUGCUGUCACUGCAAUUGUUGGGUCCCGUUUGAAGGCUUAUGAUAGAAGCAACCCCAUCUUAGCUAGAUCCAAAAGAUCUUUGAAGAAAUUGGAAUCCGAUAAGUUGGAGGCUAAAGCCAAGAGAUUGUUGAACGCAGAAAAGAAAGAUCAUAUGGAUAACUGUAGAGUAAAGAAUUUAUUACCAUCCGCUGACCAGCCUGAAAAGGUUAGAGAAAUCAUAGAAAAGGAAAGAAAGUUGAAGAAAAUUGCCCAAAGAGGUGUAGUACGGUUAUUCAACGCUGUUCUUUCAACUCAAGUUAAAACAAAUCAAGACAUCUCCAAGGAGAAGGUUGGGUUAACUAGAAAGAAUGAACUUAUGAACGAAAUAUCGAAGGAAAAAUUCUUGGAUUUAGUUCAAGCAGCAGGUCAAUCAUAA